UGUGUUAUCGGUGACACACAUCCGGGAAUGGCUCCUAGGGCUGGUUUCCCUGACCUGUGUGUGGAUGGAAGCGUGGAAGGCAGCCUCUACAAGGUGUGCACUGGAGGGUAACAACCACAGUUGAGGACAUUGUGGGGAGCAGAGAUUGUGAUCUCUCUGUCUCUAGCCUGCCAGUUGCCACCAGGAAACAUUAUCAGCACCUGCCUAGGAAUCUGGAAGAUUCAGAAACCUGGGAUCCUCCAUUGAUCCUUUCUCUGAAACAUGAAACUUUGGGGCCGAAUGUUGUGGACCCUCCUGUCUAGCCCCAGGGGGAGGAGAGGAGGCACCUGGAGCUGGGCCUUCAGCUCAUGGCAACCUCCUUCACCACUGGCUGGGGAACUGAGUGCCACAGCGCUGGUCAGCCACUGGACAAAGAUCUUUGAGAAGAGAGGUAUCCCAGAGGCCCAGGAAUCCAGUGAGUACAUCGUGGCUCAUGUCCUUGGAGCCAAAACAUUUCAGAGCCUAAAGCCAGUGUUUUGGAACAAGCCUCUGACUCCUCAGCAAGUUCACUGCAUCCAGGAGCUGUGUAGCCGCCGACUGCAGAGGAUGCCUGUGCAGUACAUCCUUGGGGAGUGGGACUUUCGGGGGCUUAAUCUGAAGAUGACACCCCCCGUGUUCAUUCCUCGCCCAGAGACGGAGGAGCUGGUGGAAUGGGUGCUGGAGGAGGUGGCCCAGAGGCCCCCGGUGGCUGGAACCCAAGGCCGCCCCCUCAUUCUGGAGGUGGGCUGUGGGUCAGGAGCUAUCUCGCUCAGCCUGUUGAACCAGCUCCCCGAGAGCCAAGUCAUUGCUGUGGAUAAGGAGGAAGCCGCCAUCCAUCUGACCCGUGACAACGCUCAAAGCCAAAGGCUUCAGUUGCAGGACAGAAUCCGGAUCAUCUCCCUCGACGUGACCUCAGAGGGGAGCUGGACACACCUUCUGCCCUGGGCCCCCCUAGACCUGGUUAUUAGCAACCCUCCCUACGUCUUCCACCAGGACAUGGAGCAGCUGGCCCCAGAGAUCUUCAGCUAUGAAGACCCAGGGGCUCUGGAUGGCGGGGAAGAAGGCAUGGACGUCAUCACCAGCAUCCUCACCCUGGCACCCCGGCUCCUGAAGGACUCUGGAAGCAUCUUCUUGGAAGUGGAUCCAAGACAUCCAGCACUAGUCAGCAACUGGCUCCAGAGCCGGCCUGACCUGAGCCUCCACCUGGUCACUGUGCGCAGGGACUUGUGUGGGAGGCCCCGCUUCCUGCACGUCCAGAAGUCCAGGCCCCAGGUGUAGCUGCCCCGCGCGCACGGCUGCCAGCCAGGGCCUCCCCGGCCCAGGUGCCUGACCGACCCUUCUUGGAAUGCAGCUCACAGUGGUGGCAUGGUGCUUUCCAGAACUCCAGGCGCUCCCAGCCGUCUCAUUUCACGUUCUGUCGCUCCUCGUGUUCCACAUUUCUAGGAGCGCCCUUCUGGGGAAAGCUGGGUCUUCUCGUCCAGCUCCGUCACAUGGAGCUGGCCGAAAGCAGAGCUCAGGGCUCCUGCUGUGUGAACGUCCUGGGAAAUACCAGUAAAGCAGUGGAGAGUGACAAA